GACAACAAUAUUCGCAACAUUCGAUUUAGCUGAGGCAGAUAUGGAUUUCUACACAGUGACUACGAUAUUCUUAACUGUGGCGACGGUGUUAAAAUUUUCUAAGACUGCAAAGGGAAGGAAAACUUGUGUUUUGGAAGAUGGAGAACGAGCGCUGAAACUUCCCAUUACCUUUUUUCGGAAGAUUCUAAAGAUGAAAGUUGCCCUCAAGGCAUGGACAGAUAGUUUAUCGGUUUGUGAAAUGAAGAAAUGCAAAAUUAUAUCAUCAAACUGUUUCGUGACCGGAGAUGCUGAAUGGGUAACGUUAGUACGUCAGAACGGCAAUUUCAGCAGACAGAUCAAAAUAUGCAUGGAGGCAUGGCAAGCGCUUCUGGGAGCGACAGAACAAAUAAGAAUUAACAUUAAACCCACAGCCCAUAAAAUCACCAUGUCCAGGGAACAGAAUGACGACGACAUCUCCAUGUAUAGAAUCAUUCACGGUUUUGAGAAAGGGGAAUGGUCCAGCGACUUUUCAUCAGUGAAGAUGCGAUGCAUGGAACACAACUUGCGAGAUGUUUCCAUUGAUGUGUAUCCCCUGAAAAAAACAGAUCUCCAUCGUGUUGUUAUUGGAACUAUGACUCACAUCGUCUCUUGGCAUUGCGACGCAUUAUAUCUCUCAAGCAUCGAUUCCCGCACGCCAGAAAACGAGAUCUAUGAAAAGACCGAACUUGUAGCUGAGUAUCUAAAAGAAGCAUGGGAAGGUGUACAGUUUGGACUAGUUAAAGAAGUAUGCUAUGAAUUGAUGCGUAGAAUUGGAUUAGAUGCUGACCCAGAGGAACUUGACCAGGAAAUUAACAUAUGUGUGGCCUCUGCAAUCAUCAUCACCAUCCCAAGCAACCUUUCUUGCUGCACGCCACCCACAACCACUCAUGGAGCCAGGAAAGGGGAGAUGGAUAUUGGAAAAAGUGGAUGGAUCUGUAUGUGA